UCUGUCAGUUUCUCGCUCAGUGCAGCAAAGAAAGCAACACACACUGAGCCGAGCGUUUGCCCGCUUUAUUUCAGUGAGUCUCCAAAAGCAAUCAUGGCUGAAAGUGAAAGCCCUUACACUCCCCUCCUACAAGCAAUGCAGGGCCCUUUAAUGCCAAAGCCGAUAUCAGUAACGAUGAAGUGUGUAGUUGCUGUGAUUCAUAUUACCAGUAUCGUUCUUGGUGCACUCUUUAUAAAGGAUUGCCCUGGUCAGCCUUUAAUUCCCUAUUACUUAAUAGUUUGGGGAUCAGGGUCCAUACUGCUGCUGUGCCUCACCUGUCUUCCCUGUGGGGAUGGGAGAGAGCCUCCACGAAUCAGCCUUGCCACGCUCUGUGCCCAGGGAGUGUUGUUCCUAUUCCUCUUCUCAUUUUUCAUUGCAGGUAAUGUGUGGAUCUAUUCUCUGUACCCAGAGUCCUGGGACUCUCCUGAGAGCCCAAAACAAUGUAACCGUGUCCUCUACUUGUACGCCUUCUGGAUAACCACAAUAUGUCACAUCUGCCUCAUGCUUCUUGUUCUGGGAUUACUGUGUGUCUUUAUCUGUUUAUGUGUACUAAAGGCUUCACUAAACUUGAGAUCAGGGUGAGACUGAACUUUGACACCACCCUUUCCCCCACUAUCCGGUGCAAAAAUACUCCUGGAGUGGCACAGAUACCCUGUGAGAGUGAUGCGACUCCUUAAACUAUUAUAGGAACUUCCACUAGAGUGACUCCAAUCCCUA